AUGUCCACUGACGAACUUCUCAACGACGAAUUUGCUGUUCUUCAAGAAGAAACUUUGCAGGCUGCUGAACAAGUAGCAGCUUAUCAACGUAAGCUUAUGACACCUAUCUGGCAUAAGCGUAGAGAAAUUGUCAAGAAAAUUCCUGGUUUCUGGGCUCAAAGUAUGGGUAACAGUCCUUUGUUUGCACUUGAUCCUAGUGAACAUGACAUUGAAGCCUUGGAACAUUUAACUGAUUUCCAUGUUGAAUAUGAUCAUGAUAAACCCAAUUAUCGUAAAAUUGUCGCUACAUUUAAAAAGAAUGACAUGUUCAAGAAUGAAACCUUGACAAAGGAAUUCUCUGUUGAUCCUGAAGAUGAAGACAAUGAAGAUGAAGAAGCUAUUUCUCUUUUGGACUGGUUUGGCAAUGACGAUGUUCGUCUAGGUCUUAUGCUUUCUGAGGAUUUCUUCCCUCAAGCACUUGAAUAUUAUCAAGACGAAGAAAGUGGUGAUGAAGCUGAAGAAAUUGAACUCGGUUCUGAUGAAUCUGAUGAAUCUGAUGAUGAAGAAGUAGCUCAUAAACACAAGAAGGCCAAAAAAUAA